AUGGUAACCAUUAUAAAAAACCAACUGCUUAAACACUUAUCAAGGUAUACAAAAAACUUAAAUCCCGAGCAAAUAUCCUUAUCAGCAUUACGAGGUUCUGGUGAACUCCAGGACUUGACGUUGGAUGAGGAUCUGUUAACUGAUCUACUUGAACUGCCAGGCUGGGUGCGCUUGACUUCUGCAAGAUGCAAUCGAGCCUCAUUCAGGAUUCAAUGGACAAAACUAAAGACAGUUCCUAUUGUACUGAAUCUAGACGAAGUUCACAUAUCACUGGAGGUCUGUACGGAGCCUCGUGUUAUGAAGCCCGGAGCCGGUGGUGCUAUGCCUAUACCGGGGAAAUAUAGCUAUAUACAUAAGGUGAUAGAUGGUAUAUCAGUGGCUGUGAAUCAAGUUCAGAUUAACUUCAAAUGUGAUGCAUUCACCAGUAGUGUUCAGAUCUCAAGAGUGACUGUCGAGUCUCGGACGCCGGAGGGCAAGAAAGGUGAUCUAAGACUGACUAGAAUCAAAUCCCCUGAUACGGGACAGUUACUUAUAUUUAAGGAAUUGGAGUGGCAGAGCGCCCGUAUAGAGGCGAAGGCUCUCGGCGCGGCCGCGGCCAGCCUGCCGCCCUUGAGGCUGCUACUGGGAACUACUUACUGUAGGAUUGUUAUUAAGAAGAGACUCUCAGACUGCGCGGUUCUCGGUUCCCGCCUCGUAAUUCGCCCUGAGCCGGUAGCGUGGGCUUUAACUGACGGACAACUAAGGGCGGCGCUAGCAUGUGGAGCGGCGUUAGCUGGACCUGUCAAAAAGGCCACCGAAAUGGCCACAAGGACAAAAGCUGCUCAUAAGAUAGAGGAGCCUCGCGAGCAAAUCCAGACGCGUGGUUCGUCGAGCGAGCGUGAUAUCCUCGCACGAAUGUUCGCUAAACACGACGUUCGAGAGACUUCUUAUCACCUGCUCGCACCCAGGAUAGACCUGCAUCUGUGUGAUGACCCUGGAUUGGGUAGGUCUGAAAUGCCUCAACUAGCCAAUGGAGGAGCUCUGCAAGUAACUCUAGUGAGCAUGCAAUGUGACCUGUUCCCUUACCAUAAAGCAUCAGCUGAUAGAAGACAUUGGAGAGGCUACAGGGAAGCGGCAACACCUCACAGUCAGUGGCUCUCUCAAGCUCUAUCUUCGUUUUGCACAACUCUGUUAGAGACAUUGGAUCCUAGACCUAUUACACAGACAAAUAAGCCGAGUCAAAAUGAAACAAAACCAAGUGAGGAACCAGUGUCUAAUAAAGAAAAUCAUCGCACUACCACCGCUACUACUACUCCUACCACUACCACUAACACACAAGUAUCUCCAACGCGGACGCGUAUUCUGCAACAAUUGGGAAGAUUGAUGACUACCUGUCUCGUGUUGAGGAUAGAGGACUUCACUGUUUAUAAGGUGUCUACAGGGUCUAAGUCUCGUGAAGCUCCCAGACCUUUAGUGAGCGCUGAGAAGGCGACCCUGCCAGGUGACGCAGGUCUUCUUCACGCAGAACUGACAUUCUUUUACUAUCCUGGGGAUGUCUGCUUCCCUGUGCCAGCCCCCAAGCUAUACGUGCAGCUGAGUCCUGUUCGUGUAUCAGUAGACGUGACAAGUCUGCUCUGGUUGACUGCCUUCCUUCCCCACGUUGGUGCGGCCGUCGUGCACACCGAAGACGAUUCAUCCUCAUAUAUGGACGUGCGGGCAGAGGCGAUUAUGCCUAAGAUAGUUUUAGAGGCUGGUCCCGAACACGUGUCUCAACAAAGAGAUCGACCAAAAGAACUACAGAUAUGUACUGCUAGAGCUACUAUCACUAAUAUUAGGGAGUCACCUAGAGCUAAUACUGCAGGGACGCGGGCUGACUUGGCAUCCAUUAUUUCAUCGAUCCGCGAGCGCGCGCCCCCUAGAGGAAAGUUCCCAACAUCUACCCAAGACAUAGACCCGGUGCAUGAGAACUUCGUGCUACAUGCAGAACACUUGGAUGACAUAGACCGUGGGACAGCCAUAAUCCCUGAGCUUUUGUGGCUUGAGAACAGAUCUAUUUGGUGUGCGAGAGUUGAGCCUCUGUGGGCUGAUUUCUGUGGCGCUAGAGCCACAAAUUAUAAACCAUCGCCAUUGUUGGAUGCUACACCGCUUACUGCGUGGAUUUACCAAGAAGAAGGCUUCUCCCGUAUCUGGGUGAUAGCUCGUACGUGCGGCCUCAGCGGGCUUCAGAUACAUCACUACCAGCUGUUGUUCUUAAUGAGACAGCUCGAACGGAUCAGUGAGCUGACCGCUUGGAUGGCUCACCAAGCCAGCCGGGUGGAAGAUGACCAGGGAACUAUGGUAGUUGGUCUGGUAGUACCGGCGGUUGAGUUGACGCUCGUUCUACCAACUAAUUGCCCAGGACAAGAGUCUUCUAGAGAUCUGGAUAGUGUUCCUCUGGACUCAUCCAGUCUUAAUGACAUGAAACUAGGUUCCGAAGCUACAAUGGCUCCAUCUAUGAUGGAUCGUGAUAGCGGUGUGUUAGCGACGCAGGCGUCUGUGGAAGUGUUCUGUAGUCAACCCCUACCUGCCGAAGAGAUUCCUCCAUCCAGCCCUGGAUUGAGUUUUGGAGGGUUCACGUCCAUGCGUCGCGGUCUCACCUCUCUAGUGAGCUCCAUAGACAGUGCCUUGACCCGCGACGACGGUCGCAGCGACGCUGCCUCUACAGCCAGUUCUGAUAGUGACCGGUACGUGGUUGUGGGACUCGCGGCUGAGUCGCCCGACGACGCGGAUGUCGCCUUCAGGGAGUUCGAGCACGGUCGUUCGUCAAGUGGCGUGGAGGUGGCUGCCGAGGUCAUGGAGCGGUCUUCAUCACCCAGUGACCACUCCAUCACUAGUUCCUGUAAACGAAGAGACGUUCAGAUAUCUACAUGCACGAUUCGUCUGAGCAGCAUACACGUAGUACAGCAGACUACCGCUGGCUCAUCUAGCGUGCGGCUGGCAGCUGAUGAUGUUAAAAUGGAUGAAUGCGCUGCAAUACCCUGGGAUGAGUUCCAGAAUAAGUUCUCUAUGAGGGCGCGCGCCUGGUCGGACUUGGAAGAGGGGGAAAAGAGUGGGGAUGCACCCAAGGUCACACUCAGACUGAACAGGACUGAACUACCACGGACUGAAGAGGAAAAGAGAACGCCCGGAGUUCUGGCGAAGUCUUCGGAGUUGUUAGAGGGUCAAUUACGAUGUUUGAACCUCUCUCUCGGCAUGAGCACUGCGCUCGCUCUCUCGGAGUUCAUAGAAGAUGAGGUUAUCGCGCCUCCUAUGCCUUUAGAGGUUCUUAUAGAGAAUUUGAAACUGCAUCUCAUAGAGGACAGGCCGACUCGAUCAAUUUCAUCCCCGCCUCCUCAGCCGUUAGACCUCAAUCUAUCCACUAUCAAAUUAAGCCGGGAUUCAUCUGGCGUGGUACAUCUUGGACCGCCCAAUAAUGAAAACCUCUCCCCGGCACCCGCGUCCCCACAACAAUCAAUAGUGGAUGAAAUACAGAGGCUAAACGAUGAGAAUGAGGAGCUCAAGAAACGAUUGGCGACACUCAACAGAAUAGCUGAGGACAAUAGGGAAUUGAGAGCUAAACUAGAGGAGGCGUCGGUUCUCCGUCAAUGUGCUCACGCGGCGCAGCAAGAAGCAGAGCGACUUUUGGCUGACAAACACGACCUGUUACAGACAGUCAGUGUACUUAAGGAUCAUUUCGUAGCAAGAGGUAGCGCUCCCGAAGCGGGCACGGCUGCCUGGAUUGCACUGCCUGCUGCCCAGACCACCGAUUGUAGACCUCUGACACAACCACAGAUGUUACAAAACGAGGACCCAGUUAUACUGGAAAUUUCUGCCAGUGUUAAAGCCCAGUGUUGCUUACAUUGGACUUUAUAUACAAAAUACCAUAGAUCUUGA